UUUUAAAGACAGACGGGUCGGUUUAGCGGGUGACUCUGAGGACAGUUAGUGUCUCUCCACUUCAAUGUCCACAUUAAACUUCGCCGAGGAGCUGGACUUCAGGCUCAUCUUUGAGGACGACGCCAGACAGACGGCAGGUCCUGAUCCCAGUGUGAGGACACCUCCCACCUCCACGCAGGCUCUGAUCGAGCAGCCCGUCAUCCAGGAGCUGCACAGUCACCCUGCAUGUUUCUCCAGUGCAGAUCACUACCAGCAUGUGGGCUACCAAUCCCAGGGCCCCCCAUAUGGGGCCCAGGGGAACCCCAGAGCCUUUGACUGUCCCAGUAUCCAGAUCACCUCUAUUGCUCCUAAUAACCACGUGGAGCUUGGCAGUAGCCAGGAAGCUUUAGCAGUGGGAGGGGCAGAGGGGGGUUACCCUGAGGGGCCCAGGUCCAGAUCCCAGCUCUUCCUGCCCCUGGACACCUGCUACCGGGACACGGUGCUCUGCCCGAGCCCCUGCAGCAGCUUGUCCUCCAGAAGCUGGAUGUCCGACCUCUCCUGCGAGUCUUUCUCCCAUGUCUACGACGAUGUGGAGGGGGAGUUGCGCGAGGCUGCCCAUCUUGCCCUGGGAUCCCCCCUUGGAUCACCUCUGGGGUCCCCAGGCUGCGGGGGUGGGGCCUUCGGGGUGGAGCUAUGGCAGCAGAAGUACCAGUAUCCUAUGGCCUUCAGUCCGGCACUGUCGCCUCAUCAGUCGCCCCGUCAGUCACCUCGUCAGUCACCCUGCCACUCCCCUCGCACCAGUGUCACUGAGGAGAGCUGGCUGAACCGCCGGCCCACCUCCAGGCCGUCAUCCAGACCGACGUCUCCCUGCGGGAAGAGACGGCACUCCAGUGCUGACCCCUACGCCCGCUCGCCCUCCCCCCACCACUCCCCCAGUCCCACUCCGGGCGCCUCCCCACGAGGCAGCGUGACGGAUGACACCUGGGUGGGAAGCCCCGCCGGUGCCCAAGGAACCCUUCUGAUGUCUAGCUACCAGGAGUUGGACGUCCCCUCCAAGACCAGGAGGACUACGGGGAGCCAGCUCGGCCUCCUGACUGGUCAGGGAGACUCCGCCCUGGAGCCCUUCCAGGAUCCCCCUAGAGAGGAGGGAUGUGAACAGGAUGGCCUGGCUGAACUCUUCCUUCAGGUGCCCUCACACUUCAGCUGGAACAAACCCAAACCUGGAAACCCUCCUCUGUUCAGGCCCUCAUCUCCCCCUCCUCUGGACUGGCCUCUGCCCAGCCAGUUUGACCAAUGUGAGCUGAAGCUGGAGGUCCAGCCCAGAUCCUUCCACAGGGCUCACUAUGAGACGGAGGGCAGCAGAGGGUCCAUUAAGGCAGCUCCCGCAGGACAUCCUGUCGUCAAGUUGGCGGGAUACAGCGAGCAGCCGGUCAGCCUGCUGCUGUUCAUCGGCACUGCGGACGACCGCUACCUCCGCCCUCAUUCCUUCUACCAGGUCCACCGCGUGACCGGCAAGAUGGUCACAACCAGCUGCCAGGAGAAGAUGAUGGGCAGUACCAAAGUUCUGGAGAUCCCUCUGCUUCCAGAAAACAACAUGUCCGCAAGCAUUGACUGUGCCGGCAUCCUGAAGCUGCGUAACGCCGACAUCGAGCUGAAGAAAGGAGAGACGGACAUCGGGCGGAAGAACACGAGGGUGCGAGUUGUGUUCAGGGUCGCCGUCCCUCAGCCAGAUGGCCGGGCGCUGUGGCUGCAGACGGUGUCUGUUCCUGUGGAGUGCUCCCAGCGCUCGGGCCAGGAGCUCCCGCAGGUGGACAGCUUCAGUCCAGCCAGCUGCUCUGUGGACGGAAGACAAGAGCUGCUCAUCAGCGGGUCCAACAUGUCCUCACAGUCCAGAGUGGUCUUCGUGGAGAAGGGGCCUGAUGGAAGAUCUCUGUGGGAGGCGGACGCCAGGGUGGUGCCAGGAAAAAGCAGCGGACCCAGCAUUGUGGUGGAGGUUCCUCCUUACAAUAAGGAGACAGCCAAUCCGGUCCAGGUCCAGUUUUAUGUCUCAAACGGGAAGAGGAGGAGGAGUUUACCGCAGAACUUCACCUACCUGCCUGCAAUCAGACGACUCCUCCCUGCUGCAGUCAAACAGGAGCGCUGGGAGUCGGACCACAUCUCCCACAAUCCACCUGGCUUCUGUCCAGAUGUGGUUUAUUAUGAUUCUUGUGAUGUCCCUGUGCGCUGUGGUCCUCCUUCGCAGAACACAGCUCGUCUUCAUCAUCCCCCUCCCUCCUCUGUCCCCCUUCACGCCUCCUUAAUGUUUCCUGACGCCGCCUCCUCCAUGUCCUCUGCAGUCCCCCAUCAGACCUUGAUUCCUCUUCUGACCUCCACGAUGCCUACUCAGAUCUCCUCGAUGCCCCUUCAGACCUUCACCAUCCCCACUCCCACUUCCCAGAGGGAACCUUCUCCAUCUAGAGGAGCCUUUGUGAGUCCUGCUGACCCCCCCGAGGACUCUCUGCCGUCCGGCCCAGGAGAGGUGCUUAGCAUCAAGCAGGAGCCAGAAGACACCCAGCCCAGUCUGGGAUCUCUGGGGCUUCAGGAGAUCACGCUGGAUGAUGUGAACGAGAUCAUCGACAGAGACAUCAGCAGUCUGAGCAGCAGCGCCCGGCCUGACCAGUUUGACCAGUACCACCAGUUCGACUGGGACGACAAGUCCAGCAGAGACCCUGAGUAGCUCCGCUGCUUCCUCAGCGCGGUGCUCAGGUGUGCACAAGGUGCACCAAACCGAUCCUCAAGUGCCUGAAAACCAAUCGACAAUCAUCAGCGUGACAGCCUAACGUGAUGUCACUGCCUCAGGAAGUUCUUCGCCAAAAAACCAAAGAUUAUUUAGCUUUCUGUGACUGAAUUAGAAGAAGUGCAGGAAUCCACACAGGACUCCAAUGAGACACCAUCACAGUCAGUAAUGUCAGGACUGAAGGAUGUCAGACGGUCGGUAUUUAUUGGCUCAGUGACGAAUACGUCUAUUUUAGGUCCAGUAAGAAACCAAAGUCCUUCAGCUGAUCAUUUCCAGUCUGUCUGUGUGGUUUACGCUUCCUGAGCUCAGCUCCGAUCAGGACUGGUGUGAAGCUUCAGACGCUGAAUGACAGAAAAGCUUCAGAGGAAGACGAUGGCUGUUCUGUGUUCUCAGUGAUGUAAACUUUAUUCUGUGUGCACCAGCCAGCAGCAGUUCAUUUCCUUCACAGCAGUAACAGCUCAGUACAGGGAGGUCAAAGGUCGGCGCAGCAGCACAGCGUCAUUAAAGGGUCAGCCCACACUAUAACUCUGUGCAAACACGAUUUAGUCACACAUUUUAUAUUAUUUGGCUUCUUUUUCAGUAACCACAAGGAUUUUCUGAGCUCCAACAGUUUGGUCUGUCAAUGGAAAAUGAAUCAGCAACUCUUUCGAUAAUCAAUUAGUCAUCAUUUUUCAUUAAAAAAGUCAACCGUC